CCGCACAGUCACGGCUAAAAAAAAUUGGUUGGCCCCGGUCUGCCGAGAGUGCGCUUGGCUGUUUGUCCCGUUGGCAGCUCUCUAAUCGCUUGUAUAAAAUUACCAUCAUUCUAUUCCAUUCCGUGAUUGUAAAUUUUCAAUUUGAUGAUUUUUUUUUUCUCUUUGUUAUCGAAGAUAUUUUAUUCAUACCUUGCCCAGCUCUGUCCGCUGUUCUCUGCCCGGUGGUUCUCCUCCACACAUCGCGGGCACUUUCUCACCAUCGACGCCUGUAGCCGAGCCAUACCCACUUUCUGGUGAGCGCAGCCCAGAAAAAAAAGCAACCGAAAGCAACCCCGAAGAAUCCGGCGUGUUUGAUUCGGAUAGCGUUUUGCUUUGGAUCUAGUUUAAUUAAUUAUCCAGCAGCCGCACGAGGCAAAAAAUCCACCCGGGUUUGUUUCACUCAUACUGUUAUCUCCCAGGCGUUUUCUUUUUUUUUAUUUCCUCCGUUCCUUUUCAUCUCAUACAAUCGGUACCUGAAUCUCCCCUCUGUUGCCUCUUUGAGACCGGUGCCAGCUACGCGCGCCCAUCCGCGACACCAAAAAGAGACACCUCCAGAUUCGCUGGCAGCGAAUGGGCCCGCCCUACCAAACAAGGCCAGGCCAGGCUUAGCAGCAAAAAAAAAAAGGUUCACACCACCCACUCCCCCCCCAAAUAGCGCUGCAGAAGGAAGACGAGGUUGAGUAAGAAAAACACGAAUACCAAUAUUUGAGCAGCUUACUUGAGAAAAAAUAAUCAUAAGAAGCCGGCGCAAUGGGGAAUACCGCACCACAUGACUUAUCCCCGGACUCGGCCUCUCACUCGCGCGGCACCCAGAAUCCUCCUCGCGACAUGCGCAACGCAGGGAGCAGCACGCCGCCGCACCAACACUCCACCUUCAGCCUGCGCGCCCCAGCGAGCGAGCAUCAUGGUGCCAGUGCUUCCCGUGCCUCUGCUGCGAUGACGGGCGCUGCUCCUUUUCAGGCCUCCUCCCCUUCCUCCGCCUCUCCCCAUCACCACCACCAUCAUCACCAUCGCCAUCACCACCAUCGCCAUCAUCACCAUCACCAUCACCACCCCAGCAGCACCAGCGCCACUCCCCCUACCACUGACGCUGCGUCUCCCGCCGCUGCCCAGCGCAAGCACCACCACCACCACCACCACUACCAUCGCCCGGCGCGACAACCACUCGACUUGAAUCGCGCCGACAAACACCGCAGCGCACCAAGCGCUCCCAACCCCGACGAGCAGGACAUCGCCAACAUGCCUCCCAACGGCACGUCCAGCAACGGCGCCCCUCCCCUGGCGCCGCAUGCUUCGUCCCCAAAUCAUCAUCACCAUCAUCACCAACCACAUCACAGCCAGCAGCAGCAGCAGCAACAGCACCCGCCGCCCCCCAGGCCCAGGUCGCCCCUGCACGCCACCACAUCCUACUAUCAACAGCCGCCGGCGCAUAAUCCUGCGGAUUCUCAUCAUUCUCGCGAUAAACCACCGACCGGCCGCGUUUAUGACCCUUUAACAGAUACAACUUCUGAUAGACGGCCCGCUGAUGGAUGGCACGGCGCCCCAGCAGCGACACCACCAAAGCCACGAGAGGCGUACCCUUACUCGCAAGGGGCCGCCGAACAAAACGCCUACUACAACGGCAGCUACACGUCGCCUACUCGCCCUUCGCCAUCAAAUUACAACCAUCCUCGAAGCCCAUUGUCCCAUUCGCAUCCUAAUCUGCCUGCUGGCUCUAUGAGCCCGCCCAAUAGGCAAUCUCACAUGGCUUCACCCACACUGCUUCAUGGCUCCGUCAAGCCCACGCAAAAUGGCUCGACCACGCCGCACCUGGCCAAGCCCGAGAUGCACAUGUCGUCACCCCCGAAGCCAGCUGCUCCGCCGCCAGUCAGCACGCCGAGUCGUGCCGACCCCAUGUCAUUCUCCAACAUUCUCUCAAGCGCAGAGCCUUCGUCAAAAGUAUCUACCGACACAACGUCAAGGCCUGCCACGUCGUCCACGCCCACUACCAUUGCCCCUAGGGCAUCGGCCCACGAGCGAAGACUGGAUCCUGACGCAGUAGCCAAUGAUGAAACCGAGCCGGAAAGAGAUGUUGAUACAGAGCCGGAUGCCAAGCCUAAGCGCGGCGGCAGACGUAGCAUGGCCGACCCUGUCAAGAAGGUCGCUCGUCGCUCUAUUAAGGGCCGAGCCUCUGACAUUCGCGAGGCUGAGCGCCCCAAGGGUGGUCGACGAACUUCCAUCAAGAAAGAAUCGCCAAACUCUCGAUCUGGCAAGAGGCAAGCCAAUGGUGAGCCCAAGGCAGUCAAGACUUGGUCCAACGAGAUGGAGCGCAAGAUUCAAAACGAAGAGGCUGAAAUCGACCGUAAGGCUUCUAAGCUUGACCAAAAUGAGUUUGAUGAGGACGAAUAUAAGCGACGUGCGGAAAAGCGCGAGCUGGCUAUGCACCAACUCGAAACAUCUCAGACACUCCUUCGCCGCGAGCAUUUUGUUCGCGUCGAGGGCAAGAAGCUCUCCGGCCCGGCCGAUGCUGGCAAGCGACGAUACGAUGAUGUAUUUUACGAUGACGCCCUUAACGAGGUGCGGGAACAAGAGGUACAUGCUGAAAAGGAACGCAAAAAGGAUAUGCAACGCAAGCGCCGCCGUGAAAAGUCCAUGGCUGUCACCAUUGAACAGAAGGAGGCCGCUCUCGCCCGUGCCGAUGCCGCCGAGGAUGAGACGGAACGACGCAAGCAUCUGCGGGAUGCCGAGCGUGCCAGCAAAAAGGCUCAGCAGACCAAGCUUAUUCUUCAAAAGGGUAUUAAGGGCCCUGCACGAAACUUUGAUGUUAGCUUUGACGGCAGCAUUCUGACCUCCGACACCGAGUCCGGCAAACCCAAAGGCAAGCGGGGCGGAAGACUUAAGAAGUCAAAGGAGCAGAAGCUGGCUGAAAAGGAGUCUGCAGAAGCUGCUCAAGCCGCCAUGGACGCCGGCGACGACCUUCCUAAGGAAGAGGGCCGUGUUCGUAUCAAAAUCAAGGGCAAGUCAAAGAGAGAUGGUCCAAAGGAAGACGACAUUCCCGAUACGGAGAAGCGAUUUCAGUCCAAGGGCUACAACCAGAUUUACGACCAGAUCUGGAGAGAUCUUGCACGCAAGGAUGUUAACAAAACAUUUAAGCUGGCCGUGGACUCAUACGCCACCAAGGGCUCCAAUCUCAAAAAGACUGCCAUCCUGGCCUCCAAGGAAGCGAAGCGCUGGCAGCUACGCACUAACAAGGGCACCAAAGAUCUCCAAGCGCGUGCUAAACGUGUCAUGCGUGAUAUGAUGGGCUUCUGGAAGCGCAACGAACGCGAGGAGCGCGAUUUGCGCAAGGCAGCCGAGAAGCAGGAGAUUGAAAACGCUCGCAAGGAAGAAGCCGAGCGUGAAUCCGCCCGACAAAAGAGAAAGCUCAAUUUCCUCAUCUCCCAAACCGAGCUGUACUCUCACUUUAUCGGCAAGAAGAUCAAGACGGACGAGGUCGAACGCAGCACCGAUAACCCCGACAUUGCCAAGGAUCCUCACCGCAUCGCCGAAGCCAAGCUCGAUGUUGCCGAACCUACAGGACCCCUGGGCAAGGUUACCGAUUUCGAGAAUCUCGAUUUUGACGAGGAGGACGAGACUGUCUUGCAGCAGGCUGCCGUGGCAAAUGCGCAAAAUGCCAUUGCUGAGGCACAAAAGAAGGCUCGUGACUUCAACAACCAAGGCCUCGACAUGGACGACGAAGGUGAAAUGAACUUCCAGAACCCAACCGGCCUCGGUGAUGUCGAGAUUGAACAGCCCAAGCUUCUCAAUGCUCAGCUUAAAGAAUACCAGCUCAAGGGCCUUAACUGGCUCGUCAACCUCUACGAGCAGGGUAUCAACGGCAUCUUGGCAGAUGAGAUGGGUCUCGGCAAGACGGUGCAGUCCAUCUCCGUCAUGGCCUACCUGGCCGAAAAACACGACAUUUGGGGCCCUUUCCUUGUCGUAGCCCCCGCUUCUACUCUACACAACUGGCAGCAAGAAAUCGUCAAAUUUGUGCCGGAGUUCAAGAUUCUGCCUUACUGGGGCAGUGCCGGUGACCGUAAGGUCCUGCGAAAGUUUUGGGACCGCAAGCACGGCACAUACCGUAAGGAUGCGGCUUUCCACGUCUGUGUCACGUCAUAUCAAUUGGUUGUGUCUGAUGUGGCUUACUUCCAAAAGAUGAGAUGGCAGUACAUGAUUCUGGACGAAGCCCAGGCUAUCAAGAGCUCCAGCAGUUCUCGCUGGAAGUCUCUGCUAGGCUUCCACUGCAGAAACAGACUGCUCCUUACCGGAACGCCCAUCCAGAAUAACAUGCAAGAACUAUGGGCUUUGCUGCAUUUCAUCAUGCCGUCACUUUUUGACUCACACGACGAGUUUAGCGAGUGGUUCUCCAAGGAUAUUGAGUCGCACGCACAAAGUAACACCAAACUCAACGAAGAUCAGCUCAAGCGUCUGCACAUGAUUCUCAAGCCCUUUAUGCUGCGUCGUGUCAAGAAGCACGUGCAAAAGGAGCUGGGCGACAAGAUUGAACUAGACAUCUUCUGCAACCUGACCUACCGCCAGCGUGCGUACUACACCAACCUGCGCAAUCAGAUUAACCUCAUGGAUCUUGUGGAGAAGGCCACAAUGGGUGAUGACCAGGACUCUGGCACUCUCAUGAACUUGGUCAUGCAGUUCCGAAAGGUCUGCAACCACCCUGACCUCUUUGAGCGCGCUGAUGUUCAGUCACCAUACUCUUUCAGCUACUUUGCCGAAACCGCCUCGUUUGUGCGUGAGGGCACUAAUGUAGAUGUUGGAUACUCAGUGGGCAGUUUGGUCAAGUAUGAGUUACCGUCAUUAGUUUGGACCGAUGGCGGCCGCUUGGACAAGGCCGGCCCCGACAACUCCACUGCAGGAUGGCGAAACAAGGCGCUCAAUCACAUGAUGAACAUUUGGUCUCCGGAACAUGUCCGCGACAAUGCGAGCGAGGACAAGGUCUUUAGCUGGCUGCGAUUUGCUGACAUGUCAGCUGGUGAAGUCUACAACACUACCCACUCGGACGUGUUUAAUCGGGCUGCAGAUGAGUUGCAGAGGCGUCCCCGCCUUGGCUACAUGAAGGCGUGCUACGAUGACGAGAACCAGGAGAACUAUGUUCCAAACCAUGCAAUGUUCAAGAUUUGCGACCGUCAGGAUCGUAAGCCAUUGGCUGACAUUACCGAACAAGGCGUCAUGUCUAAUCUGCUGAACGUUGCGACCGAAAGCUAUACUGACUCGGGCAUCACCCGUCUGGAGAUUGCUGGCCGGCCGCGUGCCACGGCGCCGCCUAUCGAGGUGCUCUGCAAUCACCCCAACGCCCGCCGGGAACGUCAAAACGUCAUGUUCAACGUGCCCUUGCGCAAACGUCUGUAUGGCAUCGGGGACGGAGAGGAGGCUGCCCUCGUGGAGAAGAAGAUGCCACUUGCAUUGUACCCACCUGCAGCAGUGCUACCCCGACCUGACAACGAAAAGAAGCGCUUUACCGAUAUUACUGUGCCGUCUAUGCAACGCUUUGUCACGGAUAGUGGCAAACUUGCCAAGCUGGAUGAGCUGCUUACCAAACUCAAGGCUGAGGGCCAUCGCGUUCUGCUCUACUUCCAGAUGACGCGUAUGAUUGACAUGAUGGAGGAGUAUCUGACAUACCGAAACUACAAGUACUGCCGUCUUGACGGUUCUACGAAGCUCGAGGAUCGUCGUGACACAGUGCAUGACUUCCAGACUCGCCCUGAAAUCUUCAUUUUCUUGCUGUCCACCCGAGCUGGUGGUUUGGGCAUUAACCUUACAACUGCCGACACCGUUAUCUUUUACGACUCCGAUUGGAACCCUACGAUUGACUCGCAGGCCAUGGACAGAGCCCAUCGUCUUGGCCAGACUAAGCAAGUCACGGUCUACCGUCUCAUCACCCGGGGUACUAUUGAAGAACGUAUUCGCAAGCGUGCUAUGCAAAAGGAAGAAGUGCAGCGCGUUGUCAUCCAAGGUGGCGGUGCUAGUGUUGAUUUCUCUGGUCGUCGCGCUCCUGAGAACCGUAACCGCGAUAUUGCCAUGUGGCUAGCGGAUGACGAGCAAGCGGAGAUGAUUGAGAAGCGCGAGAAGGAGCUUCUCGAGUCUGGUGCAUAUGACACGCAAAAGAAGAAGCCUGGUCGCAAGAAGAAGGCCGAAGCAUCGGCCAGCUUGGACGACAUGUACCAUGAAGGCGAAGGCCACUUUGACGACGGCCAAAAGCCUGGAGCAUCUGGCACAGCAACGCCAUCCGAGACGGCGCCUAAGAAACGUGGACCAAAGCCAAAGGGUGGCUUGUCCAAGAAGGCAAAGGUUGCAAAGCAGCGCCUAGCCGCAGCUGACGGAGCUGUCUAGAUACUUCUUGAAAGCCGCAUCUAUAAUGGAGUUGCGAAUGCAGAAGCUGAUUUACAUCUAAUUGUAAUAGAAAGAAGGGGGAGAAAAUAGCAUGGUGGGAUUGUUUUCCGUUUUUGUUUUUUUGUUUUUUUUUCGCGCUCUUGCUUGACAGCUUUUGCCCUUUUGUUUUGUUGUUUCUUUCUCUUUGCUGUCUUAACACAAACGAUGUACUACAGGGACGAGCCAGUGCAUACACUGACCCUUUAGGGGCAAUGGCUGACACUUUUGUAAUGGUGAAAAGAAGAGGGUUUUGCUCUUCUUGAUCUUUUUUUUGUUUGUUUUAUAAGGCUGUUUCUUAUUUAGAAAGGGCGUCGAGGGAUAGGGAACUUAUAUGUGUUUGCUUGUUUGGCGGAGGUGGUCUUUGAUAUUUUCUCCGUAUACUUGUAGGAUUAGAAUUGAAGC